AUGGUGGGCUGGGAACGACUCGGCGUCCGCCUCCCUGCCGCCCUUGCCCGUGGGUUGGAGAGCGCUGGCCUGCGCCACCCGUCGGCCAUCCAGCGCGCGGCCGCGCCGCGCAUCUUUGCCGGCGAGAGCGUCGCCGUGCACGCGGAGACCGGCUCAGGCAAGACGCUCGCCUGCCUGGUGCCGCUGCUCGCGCGCUGUCGGCCCGGCGUGCCCAGGCAAGUGCUCGUGGUGGUGCCGUCGCACCAGCUCGCGCUGCAGACACGCGACGCGGCCGACGCUCUCCGCGUCGAUGGCGUCCCCACCGCUGAGCUCCUCGGCCCGGGCGCCGGGCGAGGCGUGAGGCGGCGCUCGAGGAGCAGCGCGGCGGAG